GGUAGGCAUACCCUGGCGACAACAGACUUAUCAGAGGUGACCGUGCGCGUGCUGCUGGGCUUGGGUGCUUUUGACCGAAGCAUCCAGCAAGAGUACCGGAGAGGGCACGCUUCCCCUUUCGACCCUUGGUCCGCUUCACCGUACUCGCAUCAACAACCUGGCACCUCCUGUUCGCGGGCAGCCAGCCCGACUGCUAUUGGUGGUAUUUAGAUUAACGCAGUAUCGGUGCUUCACGUUGCAUGCUGCAUGGGUGGGACGCACCACAUACUCCGCGGCAUCUUGUCAUUGCCAUUGUCGCGAGCGACUUAAUUCGGCCUCGGCUCGAGCCGUGUCCAUGGUUGGGUAUAGCACUCCCUGCUGCAUGUGCCGGCAUUUAUUGCGCUCGUGCUCUCGGAUCGAUAGACCCUGCCCGCACCACCAUCCCUUCGGUAGACUUCAACAGUUGGAGGGAAACAGGGCGCAACCUUGCACAGCAUGUCGCGCGGAUCCGAGCCUUCAACGCCGGCGUCUAGCUUCAAGAUCUUUUCGCAGUCGCGCAUCGCGCCGCAAGGGCAAACGCAGGGACACGGCUUGCAAGUCAUCAGCCCUGCACUGACGCGCGAAGACUCGGUCGGCGCCGAUACUAUCCGAGGUGUAUCGAUCGACACGGAUAGCGGGGACGGACGCGAAAGUUCAGAAGAGGUCAAGAAAAGCGGGUCGGCUGGGGAAGCUGCAGCCGACGCCAUCGUUGCCGUUGUUCCUGCUGGCAAGCGGCCUGGUGCUCCUGCCAGCUCAGCCAUGGAAUAUGCCGUGUCUCACCUGGGCACGACCGCCACUAGCCAAGCGUUGAUCAAGUUUGCCGCUGGGUCCACACUCCUCCCCCAAAAUAUCGCAUCUAUCAUCACAUCGCUCUCGCUUCUUGCGCGCGUCUCGCUGCGCUCGACGGCCUUCUUUGCCGAGGUGAUCCUCGAAGCCGCCAAGUUCAGCACGUCCACCAGCCUUGGCUUGACGCGGCGCGUGCUCAUCUCGGCCAUCGGGAGCGCACGCGCCCUGCACGAUACGCUCAACCCCGAUGGCAAUUGCGCCUGGGAUGCUAGAGCAGCCGGGGUCGGUGCGGUAUCAAGCUCGUCGACUGCCUCCCGCAUCUCCGCCAUGCGCAACCAGCACGACGGCUUCCUUGCGGUCCUAGACAAGUACACGGCCGUGGGCAUCUACGUCAUUCACCACACCUUCACCAUGGCUGAGCUCUUCGCAAUGUCCGGCUUCUAUCUCGUUGACACGUCCAUCAAGGCCGGCAUCUCUGCCGCUGACGAGUCGGUUCGCAUGAUCGACGGCAUCUUUGGCUCCAACGAGACGUCGCGCGCGCUCUCAAGUUUCAUCGCCCUCGUCCGCAGAGAGCUGAGCCAUGGCGACAACAGCGGCUGCAGCGCCGGCGACAGCAAGAUCGCAGGCGCCAAGGCCCUUGCCAACCUCACCAAGGCGUUCACUGCGUUCGCCGUCCUGCAGAACGCUACUUACAAGCGCACGGCGCAGACACACAAGAUGCAGGUCCUCUACGACUGCACCGUCCUCGGCGAGGUCGAGUCGAACAGCUGGCGCUCGAUGAUCGUUGGUCCGGGUAACUUUGUUAAGAAGUCGACAGCGGCAGCGGCCGCGGUGGCCAUCGCCCCUCCUCCGCGCAGCAGCUCGCAGGGGGUUGCACCCGCGCCGGUCAUGUCUUCCGCCCUCUCUCCCCCAGCUACGAUGCGCACCUCGCGCUCGCUCGCAAUCGCCGACCCGGCAGGAGCAGUCGCAGGUUCGCUACAUGCGUCGCGUUCGCACUAUGGUGGCAAUGCGCUCUGUCUCACUGAUGUCGGCUCUGACGCGCGCUAUGAGGUGGAAGACUUUGACGAGAACAACGACCAGCGGCCGUCGGCUUCUUCUAGCUCAGUCUUGCCUGUGUCGUCGGAUCGUGAAGGAGGCAAUAUCGUCAAGGAUCUCAACUACCUCAUCGGCUCCGAUGGUGAGGAGGAGCAGGACCUGCUAAGCAAUAACAGAAGGCGAUGGGACCAGCAAAACACCCAGCAUGGCUCCUUUCCUUCAUCUACUCCUGUCAUCAGGAGGACGAUCCGACGACGAGAUCCUGAGCAUGGGACCAUUGAGACAGUCUACGAAGAAGUCACCGAGACGACAGAGACAAUUGAGACAACGACCAUAUCUGGUGCGCAUGCAGGCAGUUCGAGCGUCAAAACGGCGCAGCUGCCCAAUCCUUUCUCCCCGCUGAUUCCGGCGCGGGAAAAAUCGAAAGGCCAGUCGCUACCCCUUGCUCCGUCCAGCCCGCAUUCGCAGCAGUCCGAUGAUGUCUGGACCGAGAUCGCCCCUGCGUCCACGCGCGCUAGCGCCGAGAGCACGGAUGACGAGAUGAUGGUCGAGCGCGAACUGAUAGCCGAAAACAUUCCGCAGGCGCCCAACGGCCGGCCUGCGCAGUCCAUCGGAAGCCUGGCGCGCCGGCAGGCGCUCGAUCGGCCUGAAGAAAGCAAGGCGCGCAUGCAGGUCGUGCUAAGGACCAUCACGCGCAAGCUAGUCCAGAAGCGCAAGGUCGUCCGCAGGACGCAGGACACUCGAGGCAACACGCUCACAUCUACGCGCGAGAGUCAGAAUGUGGAGAAUGAUGUCUUUUCAGAAAGCACUCCCUCUGAAGCAGAGUCGUUGCCAUCCAAGCUGCGCCAGCCUCAAUGGGCGGCCCGCUUUACCGCCACUGGCGACUCUCCAGAGAGCGCAAAGAGUCGCAAGAGCACUAACAGCAGCGGCAGCUUUGGUGAUGGAGGACGCGGAGGAAAAGGAGUGACGAGUGCGGACGACAGAUUGAAAUCCAAAUCUCGCGCUGCCUUGCAGAGCCUCUUUUCUAGGUCUACUAUUCCCAAGCCUGGAGCAGGAGCAGCACCCCGACAGGUGCAGAUGGUGGACAUGGCAUCCUCACGCACGCCAACGCCACCAAGCUCACCGCCGUCGAUCGCCAUGUCCCCACCAACUCCCGACAAGGCCAUUGCGUUGCCGCAUGUCGCCUCGCCCGAAACCACGCCCAAGUCGCGCUUUGCACUCAAUCGGCGCAAGAAAGAAGAAGAAGACGGGGACCAACAGCAGCAAAUCACGCCAAAGCUUUUCAAACGCCGUUCCCGUCAGCCGUCCAUCACGAGCAUACGGUCCUUUGCGUCCACUCGGAAAGAGACCCACACGACCACCAACACGGCUUCAGCGCAGGUGGAAAUGUAUUCGCGCGGUCAGUUCCCACAGCAGCACUUUGUUACGAACCUGCACACCUUUAUGCGCCAUUCAUCCGCUGCAUACGGGCAGAACUUUAUGCGCAUCUUUGGCAUCGGACGCUCUGCAGAGUACCUGUUCGCCGACACGCAGAAGCAUCAUUCGAAUAUCUGGGCAUACGCGCAUCAUGUUGGUAUUCCUGUCGACAAUAUCCUGCUCAGCAGCUAUACCGAGGGGGAGACUUCCUUCCAUUCCGAGAAGAUGUCGCCUAUUGUCAACUACAUCAGUGUCGAUGACGAUGCAAAGGCGGUCAUUUUGACGUGCCGCGGUACUCUCGGUCUCAGCGACGUUCUGACCGAUCUUACCUGUGAAUACGAAGAGAUUGCCGUCGAAGGCCGGCAUCCGUAUGGUAUCUACCAGGUGCAUUCAGGCAUGUGGGCCUCAGCUAUUAGGUUGAAGGAUACCAAGAGUACUAUUCAUCAGACACUAAAGCAGGCGCUCGAGAGCAGACCUGGGUACGGGCUCGUGCUGACUGGGCACUCGCUCGGAGGAGGAGUGGCAGCAAUGCUCGCGAUCAUGUGGAGCUCUCCAGCGGCUAUCUUUCAGCAACAGACGCUCGAUGGACGACCCUCUGUCGUUCACCCACCCCUGUUCACUCCCUUUGUCACUUCAUUCGCAUCAGGCCUACCGGCCGGCAGGCCUAUUCAUGCGUACGCGUACGGCGUGCCGGCGAGCGCAAGCCUCGACCUCAGCAAAUACUGCUCGGGUCUGGUGACCAGCCUGGUCCAUGGGCAUGACCUUGUGCCAUCGCUGUCGCUUGGCACGCUGCGGGACAUGCGCAAUGUCGCGGAGAGCCUCUCGGACCAGCGAGAGAGCAAAAUGGCUCAAGAGAUCGUAGGUGCUGUCGUUGGUCUCUACCAGCGAAAGCGCAAGGCUGCGGGAAAUGAGGCCAGAGUCCCAGCUGGAGAUUUGAUCGAUAUCAACUUCCCGCGCCCGUCCGAACCACCUGCGCAAGAGCGCGAGCAGGUGUUCGAGCACGCGGAGAUCAUGCAAGGGCACACACGUAACCGUGCUCUGGAUUCAGGUUAUCAGGAUCCCGUCCUGAAGGAACACCCUCUUUCGCCACCGCUGGCCGGCGGCAAACAGGGAACUGCGGAGGCGGAGAACGACACGAAGGAUUGGCUCUGGAGUUUGAUCAAAACGAUGCGCGCAUCCAUGGGAGAGACGAAGCUCUACCCACCUGGAGAUGUCUUUUGCAUCGAGUCCUUCACGGUCUAUGUCACGCCUCGAACAACACGGCAGAACACGAGCAUGGCAGGCAUGCAGGAGGACAGACAGGCCAGCAGCCGCGGCGAAGCGCAUCGAGUGCUACUUAGAGCCUGUCCUGAUGUGGAGAAGCGCUUUUCCGAGCCUAUCUUUGCACGCUCAAUGCUGCGCGAUCAUAUUCCAACGAAUUACGAGUUAUGCACACAGCUCCUUUAUGAGAGCGUAGUCACCGAAAGUGAGCGACAGAGCUGAUUCGAUUCAAAUUUUCAAGCAUUAGCCCUUUGUCUAUUCCCUAAAUACACAUCAUUCAGCAUCCAUUCUUUCUUCACUACCCGGAAGGAUUUUUAUUGCAUGCAAUGGCCCCAUCGCAAAUGUAUUUUAAAGGUAAUGAUCACAUUGUGAAUCAU